GCCGACCUCCUGGUCCUGGUUUUCGCCCCAACUCUCGCUGCUUUCCUGCCCUGUGCGGGGAGCGCGGGCCUGUGAGAGGGGUGGACUGGGGCAAAGCUGGAGAUGGGGCCGGGAUCCCCCACCUCAAGGCUCCCGCCCCACCCCCAUCUCGUCUCCUGCGCACAACAGGCUAAAAUCUGGGUCACGGCUGAGGAAGAUCUCAAACAUGGAGUCCAGGAUGUGGCCUGCACUGCUGCUGUCCCACCUCCUCCCUCUCUGGCCACUGCUGUUGCUGCCCCUCCCACCACCUGCUCAAGGCUCCUCCUCCUCCCCUCGAACCCCACCAGCCCCAGCACGUCCCCCAUGUGCCCGGGGAGGCCCCUCGGCCCCACGCCAUGUAUGUGUGUGGGAGCGGGCACCCCCACCAAGCCGAUCCCCUCGGGUUCCAAGAUCCAGGCGACAAGUCCUGCCAGGCACUGCACCACCUGCCACCCCAUCAGGCUUUGAAGAGGGGCCACCCUCAUCCCAGUACCCCUGGGCUAUUGUAUGGGGCCCUACAGUGUCUCGAGAGGAUGGAGGGGACCCCAAUUCUGCCAAUCCUGGAUUUCUGCCCCUGGACUAUGGUUUUGCAGCCCCCCAUGGGCUGGCUACCCCACACCCCAACUCAGACUCCAUGCGGGGUGAUGGAGAUGGGAUCAUCCUUAGAGAAGCACCUGCCACCCUGCGGCCAUUCUUGUUCGGGGGCCGUGGGGAAGGUGUGGACCCCCAGCUCUAUGUCACAAUUACCAUUUCCAUCAUCAUUGUUCUCGUGGCCACCGGCAUCAUCUUCAAGUUCUGCUGGGACCGCAGCCAGAAGCGGCGCAGGCCCUCAGGACAGCAAGGUGCCCUGAGGCAGGAGGAGAGCCAGCAGCCGCUGACAGACCUGUCCCCAGCUGGGGUCACUGUGCUGGGGGCCUUCGGGGACUCGCCCACCCCCACCCCUGACCAUGAGGAGCCCCGAGGGGGACCCCGGCCUGGGAUGCCCCAGCCCAAAGGGGCUCCAGCCUUCCAGUUGAACCGGAUUCCCCUGGUGAAUCUGUGAUGCCCACCAAUGUUGGGGUGCCACCAAGCAGGAGGCCAAGGGGCCGGCAUAGCCACCAUCCCACUAAGGGUAGGGCAGCUGUGGGAGCUGGGGCUGCAGGUGCUCCUGGCUCCUGCCCCUGGCACACCACCCUGGAACACUCACUGGCCCUAUAGGCAAUCCUACUUGCUCACCCUCCUUUAAGUGGGGACCUCACAUAUUUGUGGUUUCUGGUCCCCCAUCCCCACCCUUGCACACUCACAUGAAAGCCUUGCACACUCACCUCCACCCUCCCAGGCCAUUGCACACACUCAUGCUCUCGUUCAGCCAGUCUUCAGCACCCUCUCCCCAUCCUUCUCUCCCCCCUCUUCUGAUCCCUCACAUUCUCCCUUUUGUUUCACAUUUUUCACUUUCUCUUUUUCCCACAUUCAUGCUCAUCUCUGUCACUCAGUGGUCAGUGGAGGCUUUACCAUUCCUCUCACGUGCACUUCCUGGCCUCAUGUUGUGGUGUUGUGUGUCGUGCCUACACUCUCCCUCAUGAACACCUACUGAUCUAGUUUUUGUGACUCCUGCAUGCUGCCCCAGAGGUGGGUGGGAGGUGAACUGGGGGCUCCUUGUGCCCCCAUCUGUCAUGGCCCAUCCUGUUCCAUGUCAUGUGUUUCACUGUCUCCCUCAUCCCACUCCAUGGGUGCUCUCAUUACCCUGAGGGCUCCCCCAUGAGAAUGAGGGUAGUGAGGCCCUACACUUCUCCCCCGCCCCACUGCUAAACUCUGUUGUCUGGGAGAUGGGUUUUGGGGAGUCACCUGUUGCACUACCUGAGAAAGGGGCUCCCAUUUGCCCUUCCCUUCCUCCUAAGUCCCUUUUGUCUUAUCUGUCCUGGCUGUCUGUGUGUGUAUGUCACUCUCUGGAAUUCAGAGCCCCCUGAGCCAGUCCUCCACUUUCCAGCCUCUCUAAGGGCCUCCCUAUUUCACUGAGGCUGCCAGGGAAUGGAGCCAGCUAGUUCAAGGCCAUUGGGAGCUCUACCUCCCAAUUUACCCCUCCCCUUCCUGGGCUCCCUAACAUCUCUCCUUUCCUCUCCUUUGUUUUUCCACUUUCCCUCCUUUUGCCCCCAGCCCAGGUUUGUCCCUACUUCUCAUAAUUUUUUUCCACCUUCUUCUCUUACCUGGCUCCUAUGCUGUGAUAUAUAUUUUUGUAUUAUCUUUCUUCUUGUGGUGAUAAUCUUGAAUUCUUGUGGGAUGUAAGUUUCAAAAUUUUCAAAUAAAGUCUUUGCAAGAUA